GGCCUGUGGGGAGUGGAGGAAUUAAAUAAAACUGGGCGGGCCUUAAAUAAACGGAGUAAGAGGCCAGAACUUGAUGGGCGGGCCCUUAAGGGGCGUGGUCUUUUGCGGCGACUCAAUGGGCGGGGCCGUUAUGGGGCGGAGCCUGAUAUGGAAAUAUGGCUCCCUCCGUUCUGGCGGGUAGCAUGGGGCAUCGUACUCUAGCCUCCGUCCCGGCCUUGUGGGCCUGCAUCCCCUGUCCACGCUCCGAGCUGCGCCUGGACCUGGUUCUGGCUUCUGGCCAGUCCUUCCGGUGGAGGGAGCAAAGCCCAGCGCACUGGAGUGGCGUGCUGGCGAACCAGGUGUGGACACUGACGCAGACUGAGGAGCAGCUCUACUGCACUGUCUACCGAGGGGACAAGCGCCAGGUUGGCAAGCCCACACUAGAAGAGCUAAAGGCCGUGCGCCAGUACUUCCAACUGGAUGUCAGCCUGGCUCAACUGUAUCACCAUUGGAGUUCGGUGGACCCCCACUUCCAAGAGGUGGCUCAGAAAUUCCAAGGUGUGCGACUCCUGCAGCAGGACCCCAUCGAGUGCCUUUUCUCCUUCAUCUGUUCCUCUAACAACAACAUUGCCCGCAUUACUGGCAUGGUGGAGCAGCUAUGCCAGGCCUUUGGACCUCGGCUCAUCCAGCUUGAUGAUGUCACCUACCAUGGCUUCCCCAGCCUGCAGGCCCUGGCUGGACCAGAGGUGGAGGCUCAGCUCAGGAAACUGGGCCUUGGGUACCGUGCCCGCUACGUGAAUGCCAGUGCCCGAGCUAUCUUGGAAGAGCAGGGCGGGCUGCCCUGGCUGCAGCAGCUGUGCAAGUCCCCCUAUGAGGAGGCCCACAAGGCCCUCUGCAACCUGCCCGGGGUGGGCACCAAGGUGAGGACCCAGGUGGCAGACUGCAUCUGCUUGAUGGCCCUAGACAAGCCCCAGGCCGUGCCUGUGGAUGUCCACAUGUGGCAGAUUGCCCAGCGUGACUACAGCUGGCACCCCACCACGACCCAGGCCAAGGGUCCGAGCCCUCAGGCCAACAAGGAACUGGAGUGAUCUCUACCUGGCCAGAAACGUGGUGUGCAGCAGACCCAGCUUUCCAGCUGAAGCCAGUGGAAGGAGAGAGAGACUCAGUUUUGUGUAUCAGUCUCAGGGAAGACUCUGACGGGCUCUGCGGGAGUGGCAUGCCUACCCCUUGACCCCAAAAACAGUUGCCAGGUACAGGAAUGAGGUACUAUACUGAGCAAGCCAGCUGUCAUGGGCAACCACACCAGAGUCAAAAGGAAUGAAGGGGGGUAUCUUGCCCAAAGGAAGUAGGGGUGCUGGGCAGGCAUGAAUAACAAAUCCAUCCCAGCCCUGCUCCCACCAAUCGGAAAUAACCAGUGUUCAUAUGUUCGGUACAUAUUCUUCCAGACUUUUUUUUACGUACACACAUUUCCUUCUACAGUCCCCACCCUCAAUGAGCAUAUGUCAAGGUACUAACACAAAAAGUGAGUCAAGGAAAGUCAAGUAGGUGCAGAAAAAAAAGGAAAUAAUCAUCUUCUCUCCUUUGUUGUUCAGAGGAUGACAAAACAGCUCAGACUUCUCAUCACUUCUUGAACCCAACAGAAAAGAAGCCAUUGGAGGAGUGAAUGAUUUUCUAGGAUUAGAGAAAAUGAAAGAAGUCACAAAGAAAAGAUGGGCAGGUUUAUUUACAAAACAUUCUUUAACUUCUGUUGCUGGAAACAAACCAAAAAACCCUACCCUAUUCCAGAAUCAUAGCCAACAGUAAAAGGCAAACUUCAGAGUGGGGAAAUGUCUUACAGACCAUGGGUUAAUAUUUCUAUUAUGUAAAGAAUACAUAAAAUUGAUAAAAAACAGAUUAAGAAUCCAAUAAAUGGUCAAAGGAGACAGAUGAAACACAAUAAACAUGGGACGUUUUCUAGCUCACAAGUUAUCAAGGAAGUACAAACUAAAUCAUUUUUUAAAU